GUCCGUGGAGCGCGCACGUAACGGGGCCGGCGGGAGCGAGCGCGGAGGACACGGACUGCUCUCAUCAUGGAUGACAUCUUCACGCAGUGUCGGGAGGGGAACGCGGUGGCCGUCCGUCUGUGGCUGGAUAACACUGAGAAUGACCUGAACCAGGGGGAUGACCACGGCUUCAGCCCGCUGCACUGGGCGUGUCGUGAAGGCCGCAGUAACAUCGUGGACAUGCUGAUAAUGAGAGGAGCGCGAAUCAACGUCAUGAACCGCGGCGACGACACUCCGCUGCACCUCGCCGCCAGCCACGGCCACCGCGACAUUGUCCAGAAGCUCAUCCAGUAUAAAGCGGAUGUCAAUUCCGUCAAUGAACAUGGGAACUCCCCCCUGCACUACGCCUGCUUCUGGGGGCAAGAUGACGUCGCUGAGGACUUGGUGAAUAAUUCUGCACUGAUUUACAUCUGUAACAAGUAUGGAGAGACCCCACUGGACAAGGCUAAGCCCCAUCUCCGCGAGCUGCUCUGCGACCGGGCUGAGAAGAUGGGGCAGAGCAUGAACAGAAUCCCCUACAAGGACACCUUCUGGAAAGGAACCACCAGAACCCGACCACGUAACGGCACUCUUAAUAAGCAGGCCGGUAUAGAUUACAAGCAGCUGACGCUCAGCCACAAGCUGAAUGACAACCAUUCUGGGGAGCUGUGGAAAGGCCGCUGGCAGGGCAACGACAUCGUCAUCAAAGUCCUGAAGAUCCGGGACUGGAGCACCCGGAAGAGCCGAGACUUCAACGAAGAGUACCCCAAACUGAGGAUAUUUUCCCACCCCAAUGUCCUCCCGGUGCUGGGUGCCUGUCAGUCUCCUCCGGCCCCUCACCCCGUCCUUAUUACACACUGGAUGCCGUAUGGAUCCCUCUACAACGUCCUGCACGAGGGGACCAAUCUGGUGGUUGACCAGUGCCAGGCAGUGAAGUUCGCCCUGGACAUUGCCCGUGGCAUGGCCUUCCUGCACACAUUGGAGCCGCUCAUUCCUCGCCAUUACUUGAACAGUCGCAGCGUCAUGAUUGAUGAGGACAUGACUGCUCGAAUAAGCAUGGCAGACGUGAAGCUCUCCUUCCAGUGUCCGGGACGCAUGUACUGCCCGGCGUGGAUUGCACCAGAAGCUCUGCAGAAACGCCCGGAGGACAUUAACCGUCGCUCGUCUGACAUGUGGAGCUUUGCCGUCCUGCUGUGGGAGCUGGUGACUCGAGAGGUUCCUUUUGCAGAUCUUUCAAACAUGGAGAUCGGUAUGAAGGUUUCUCUUGAGGGUCUGCGCCCCACAAUUCCUCCUGGGAUCUCUCCACACAUCUGCAAACUCAUGAAGAUCUGUAUGAACGAGGAUCCUGCCAAGAGACCCAAAUUUGACAUGAUUGUGCCCAUCCUGGAGAAGAUGCAAGACAAGUAAUGUGCCUCAUCUGUGCCUUGUCCCAUCCUGACUAUGCAAAGCCACCACCUGCACUAAGAGGACCCGUCUCACAGCUACUGAAGCCAAAAGCCACCUGCCGAGCAGUAUAUUCCCACCCCUGUCCUCUUCCUGCUCAACAUCCAAGUGCCUUCUGGAAUCCUGUGUCCUCUGUACAGUGGUGACACGGAACGUGCUGAUCUGUCACAGGAGGCCACAUACGUGAAGAGUGUCACGCCUUUUCCAUCCUGCAUCUUCUCCCAUGUGUCCCUGCCAGUAGCGCUCUCUAACAGUAUUCACACAUGGAGGCAAUCGCAGUGUAAUGGUGAGUUUCUGGGGGCCCCUGUGAGCCUCUGUCAGUGUUGGGGGGCCCCUGUGAUCCUCGGUCAGCGCGGUACAUUACAGCAGUCUCUGUAGCAUGUUCUCUAUAUCUAUUCUCUGCUUCUUUAACCUCAUAUAAAAGAUUAUUUUUUUUCACAGAGGAAAUAUGUGGCCCCCAACAGGGACGAGGGGCCGGUGUAUGAUAGGUGGUAUGUGAUCCUUCCUCAGUUCUCAGUGUUUUCACCAGUCGGCUUUAGGUCGGGGGUGAGGACGCUAGUGUGGAGGUGCAGUCAGUCCGCAGGAUGUGUUAGAUGGCCGCCGUUACGGUGGGAGCGGUCCCUGAUAUUUCAUUGUGCUCUGCAGACCAGGGGGGGGACAGAAUGGUUGCGCACAGGCUUUUCUUCAUGAAGCUCUGCCCGGAGGAUGGAGGGCAGUGCAUUAACGAGCCCUUACUUCAUUCUUUGCUGCCACACUUCUGUAUACUGUCUGCUCUGCCAUGUAUAAAUGUAUGUGUAUAUAAUAUAUAUAUGUAUCUCACAGCAUAUCACCAUAACAUGUAUGAUAACCUGGAGGUGGAGGAGAGCUGGUGCUCGGAUCUUCUCCUCACCUUCCCUUCUGCAGGAGUUGAGAAAUGUAUUUUUAUACCUAUAUAAUAAAUUAACCAUGCGCACCUUGUGAUAGCUUAAUAAAUAUUCUCCAACAA